GGGCCGCAGCUCGCGCGAGUCCGCAAUCAAUCUCCUGAAUAUUAACUUGCUCCGUCGCUUUUCUUCAGGCUUGUCUAUACACAAUACGUCUGUCACUGUUACCCCUGCGUAAUACUUUGCCCCUGCUGUCCUGCUGCUUCAUCACAACACCAUCAUCAUGGCUCAACCGGCGUCAUACACGAACCCGCUGAAGAAGUUCAAGCUGGUCUUUCUCGGCGAGCAGAGCGUCGGCAAGACGUCUUUGAUCACCCGCUUCAUGUACGACUCAUUCGACAAUACCUACCAGGCUACUAUUGGAAUCGAUUUCUUGUCAAAGACAAUGUACCUCGAAGAUCGCACCGUACGUCUACAGCUCUGGGAUACCGCCGGCCAGGAGCGCUUCCGUAGUCUGAUCCCUUCCUACAUUCGCGACAGCAGCGUUGCUGUUGUUGUCUACGAUAUCACCUCGGCCAAGUCUUUCCAGCAAACUCGCAAGUGGGUCGACGACGUUCGUGGCGAGCGUGGCUCCGACGUAAUUAUCGUACUUGUGGGCAACAAGACCGAUUUGAACGACAAGCGCGAGGUCACCACUCAGCAAGGAGAAGAAGAGGCCAAGAAGCACAAUCUCAUGUUCAUUGAGACUAGCGCAAAGGUCGGACACAACGUUAAGCCUUUGUUCAAGAGGAUAGCACAGGCUUUGCCUGGUAUGGAGAGCGAGCAGAACCAGACGCCAAACCAGAUGAUCGACGUGAACAUCAACCCAGGCCCUACAACAGACAACUCGAGCUGCGCCUGCUAAGCCAUUCGUUCUUGGCUGUACUGUCUUUGUUCCUGUUCGAUACCGUUUCCCCUUCUUCCAAAGAUACCUUUAGUUUUUCCCAAAUCUGUUCUUUCUUGUACAGUAUUUUGCAUGGAGCACGGCGUUUUCUGAGCGGCUGAUUGGCUUUUGGAAUAGAGGGAUAACCCCAUGUACAUAAAUGUAUCUGCAUGUCCUGCUUCAUCACUCCUGCAUCCCCCCAUUUGACA